AUGUCUGGAGCCGCUUCAGGCCGGCCGACAAUGUCUGUCAUUCUUCACUCCCCAGGACCACAGGCGAACUUUAAGAGAGGCCCCCAUUGGUACCAUGAAAGUCCGUUCUUGCCAUACUGCUGGGAGGAUCGUCGUCAGGAGCUCGGAGCCCCUUCCUUAAAGCAUGCGGCCAGACAAAAGGCACUCGAAGACCAGUCCGCAUUGAGACUGGAAAUGUUUGAAAAUAUUCCUUGGCCUAUUGCGCUGGAACUGUGGGAGUACCUGGGUCACUGCAAGAAGCAAACAUUGUUCAUGUGGAAAAUCAUGGCCGCAUCAUACCCCCGCCAUUUUCACACAGUCAGCUCCUACUAUUGUCUGUUGACUAACCGACCGAUGGAGCCCUUGAAGGGAUACGUCGAUAUCAUGAGCAGUGCAAACUGCGAUUGGCGCGCAGUUCUCUCCCUUUCAUCCGGGUAUGCUACGACGGAAGACCUUCUCGCAAUCGGCGAUAUGAAGAAUCUCGUGGCUCUAGAAAUUUCCAGGACGCCAUGGAAAUCACACAAACACGCCCCCGAUAUCACACCUCGAGCCGCGAACGAAUUGGAAAACGGUGUCAUUCGCACCUGGGUUGAGCUGGCAGAGUCCACCGGAUCAUUGCAGCAUUUACGCGUCUUACGUCUUUAUAACCAGGGCAUGGUAAAGCCCGCAGCGCUCCAGCAUUUAGGAAAGCUUCCAAAUCUGCAACUCAUCAUUGUCAACCAAUGCGAUGAUUUUACUGAGGCCGUUCGUUGCGAAAAGAGACCCUCCUCGGGCAAGAUUGAGAUGGAAGGAUGGAAUGUUCUCAGGCUUGAUUGGGCUUUGAAGGAUGCCACCGAAGAUGGGCAAGCUCUACAGCAUUUGGGUCCGUUGUUGGAUGUUUACCGGAGUACACUUAAUACACAACAUAAUUCCGGUAGUGUCAAGCCCAGCCUUCCUACCCUAGGGGCCGAUGUACCAAUUAUAGAGUUUGGCCUACCGGCGAUGGAUCAUAGCGACACGCAGAAGGUUGAGGUUCGUUCACAGUACGCGGCAAAAUCAAUUGGAAUUCUCACUCGUGUGCCCGAUUCGACCGGAAAGCGACCAUUGCCGUUGCCAGCGGAGUCAAAAAGGAAUGGGAAGAGGGUCAUGAAAGAUAGGGGUGCUAGGGAUAUGACAGAUUUGCUGAAAGACUUUCUCUGA